UAUUGUCACGUGACCAGUGAACCAACGUGCUUUUAAUAAAUGUGUCAACAUUAAACACCUGUCCUGAGGAUUUAAUGCAACAAUGUCGUUUGAAAACCUGUUGACAGGACUGCAGGAAGCUUUAAAUGUUGAGGAUUCAGCUCCUGAAACUGUCGGACAAAUCUUCAGGCGGCUUGUUUAUAAACUGUCUGAGUUUUCCAGGAGCAAGGGGAAAAGAUGUAAGGAGCGUUGUUUGGAGGAGGCUGUCCAGCUGCUGAGACAAACAUCUGCAGCUCAGCUCGGAGCUUUGGAGGACAAACUUCUCCUGCUUCUGGUCAGACUCCUCUUAUCCCUUCAGCUGGAGGUGGUCUGCAUCUCCACAGCCUGUCGAAAAGUGGACCAGAUGCUGCAGCUUUUGGCAGAAGUGGACCACCAGUUAGUUUUUAGGGAGACCCGCCACAGUUUUCACUCUGUAGUCCACAGUGAUCAGGUUUGGUCUUUGGAGGAUCUGCAGAAAGCGUGUAUGUUCCUGGAAGACAGCGCUGUCGGCCGCGAGGUGUGGCGGGAAUCCCACGUGUCGAUGCUGAACAAACUGUCCGAGUCUCUCCCAGCUGUUUUGCGAGACAAGUCUCUGAGAGAUGGACCUGUGUGUUACAUGACUGUAAAGGUGUGUUUGCAGAUGUUCCAGCUGCUGUCCUGUGAAGUUGCUCGUCUUGUUUGGGAACAGAACCACGAGAAGCCAGCGGUGCAGCAGAUCCUGCAGGCUCUUCUGGACAUUAUUCUUGGACAGUGCUCCAACAGGGACACUCGUCUUUUAGCGGGUACCGCUGUGGCGAUGCUGAUCAACACAGCGUCAGAGGGAGGAGCUGGAGGAGCUGCUGCAUGGAGUCUGCUGCAGGUCUCUCUUCAAGGCAAUGAGCCCUGGCAGCUGAGCGUUGGUGUUCUGCAGGUCCAGUGCGACCCUGCGGUUCAGGACGGACUGGGCCGGCUGGCCGUGUGCCGGGGCCUCCUGACCUGCUGCCGACCUCACGUCUUACUCGGCUCACGCCACGACGCCACGCAGACAUGUUUGCUUCUGGAGGGUCUGUUUCCUGUCGUCUGCGCUCUGUGCGAGGAGAAGCUGGAUUGUCACUACUUUGCUUUCGAAGUGUUAACACUGUGGCUGAGAAGAGUGAAAGAAUGCGUGCCGGACCUCUGGAAGACGACGGGCAGCCGUCUUUUACCCGACAACAGCAGCCGGCUGCAGCAGCUCGCUCACAUCAUCUGGACCAACGCAGAAAGCCCAGUAGAAGGAGUGCCUGAAUUUGCAAACAGUGCCUUUAUUCAGCUGCUGAGCCUCUAUAAAAUGGACUGUGAGCAGUUUUCUGAUGUAAAGAGGACGUUUUAUUCUACCCUGCUUCAGAGAGUAAUGAAACUACCCUGGGAAGCCAAAGCCAAAUAUCUUCGCCUCUGUGCUCUGCUGCCACAUCUGGGUACUGAUGUGGUGUUGGAUGGAUACCCCGAGUUGUCCAGUCAUCUCCUGAAGUGUUUAUCAACCAAUCACCUGUCGCCGUGUGCAUCAGAGCUGUAUAAGCGUCUGGUCCAGCAGCAGAGGCGAGAGCUCUGUGAACGAUCAGAGGAGUCUUCCUCGCUCUCUGAGGCGGAUCUGUCCAGACACUGGGCGAGGCGCUGGCAGCCUUUCCUUCACCAGGCUCUGACGUCUGACGUGACUCUUCUGCUGAACAGCAGCUCGUCACACCUGUUGCCCUGCACCUUUCAGAUUUUCCCCUCCGCAGUGGACCCUCUGCUGGCUGGUCUGAACCCUCAGGAGCCCGGGCAUCUUCACGCCCGGGCCUGCGUCCUGAGCUCCUACCGAGCCGCGACGGGCCGCUCGCCGUGGUCCCUUCGGGGCGGCUCCACCUUGGAGACGCUGCGGCUGGCUCUGGGCUCUGCAGACGAUAAAAUCCGCCUCGCGGCUCUCGGCGUGCUGUGCUGCAGCCCAAAGACCAGAGACGCCCCGACUACAGAAGAGAUGGAGAUGCUGAGGGAGUUCAUUCCUCAGAACCUGAACUGCGAAUCCUCGUCGUUUCGCCAGCACCUUCAGGCCGGGGUCAGGAAGUUCCUGGUCCGUGUCAGAGACGGCUGUUUGGCGCUUCUCAGAGGAGCGAAGGGCAGAAAGGACACCAUUCAUGAGAGAACGCAGGAUAUCCUGGAGCAGAUCGAGUUUGUGGAGUGGUUAGGUCAGCUUCCAUACUGCUACCUGGCUCCAGGACACAGCUACCAGAGGAAGAAGACGGUGCUGCUGCUGCUCUCCGCCCUGCUGGAGACGUGCACCGACACCUGGAGUCCUGACAGGAAGAAGGGACAGCCUCCAGCAAAUAUAGGAACUCUGAUUACUGUUGCCAGACAGAGAGGACAGUGGGAUUUCUUCAGCAGGACUAAACAGCUGGUUCUGAUCAGCUGUCUGGAAGAUUCCACGAAUGAGAUUCGAGAGCUCUCCUCUGAGUUGUUGUUGAGAUUUUUUCCACCCAGUUUCCCAGAUGAUAUCGCCGAAGUGCUGAUGGUGAGGACCAAGCAGCUUCUGUGCAGCCCUCGGGUUCCRGAGGCUCAGACAGGAGCGCUCAUGAUGAAGGUUCUGGUCCAGAAAUCAGGACAUCAGUGCAAAGACUGCAGACUGAACUCCGGCAGAGAUCCCUUUUGUUUGGUCCGAGUCCUGCUGGAGGAGCUGGAGGAGCAUUAUCAGACGGCUAAAACCGACAUGAUGCUCGCUGCCCGAACAAAACCGAUACACGGCGUCCUCUGUGCCCUGCAGAGAUGUUUGCUGGAGGCACCAAACCAGAUCUAUGACACCCUCGACACCAUUAUGAUGGACAAGAUGCUGGGCCUCCUGGAGAACAUCUCUGCGCUGCUGCUUGCUGUUCUGUGCGCAGACCGUGAAGCUGGUGAAACAUAUGCUCCACCUUCUUUUUGCGAAAUGGGCAACGCCAUCAGCUCUCUGAUCUCCCAGCACUCAGGAGGAGGAGAAGCUGACGGAGACGAGUGCAUCCUGCUGUCUGAGGAGCACAGUCUGGUUCUCACCUGCUGCUGGGUCUCACUGAAGGAAAUAGGAAUUCUCUUGGGUUCUUUGGUGGAGAAAAUCCUGACAGAAACCAAACAGCGAAGCGAGUGUCUUCUAACAAAACAAGACUUAAGGAGAGCAUCAAAAGUCUUCAAAGAUAUUCUUCUCAAAUGUCGUCACUGGGGGGCAGUAGAGGGUUGCUGCUUAGGCUUCACAAAAUUCUGCUCCUCACUGCUGGGCAGCACUGAGCCACAACUUCAAGACAUUCCAACACAGAUGCUGAAAGAAGGACUGGAGGUCGUGCGGUGCCCUCGCUCUGCGUCUGUGACCCGGCGGGCUGCAGGGCUGCCCGUCCUGAUCCUGUGCGUGUUGUCGGCAGAGGAGGCCAGCAAAGCCAGGCCACUGUUAGCCUCCAGCAUGGAAGCCCUGAUGGACAUGGCUAAAACCCCUCUGGAUGAGAACUGGGACCAAACCUUGGACCUGCCGCAGGUGUGUGCGGUUCACACUCUGCAGGCGUUGGUGCGUGGAGCAGGUUGGGGAGGAGCCGUCCUUCAGUUCGCACCUGCUGUUGUCAUCUUGUCUCUCGCUCUGCUCAGUUCUCCCUGCUGGGCCAUGAGGAAUGCCGCUCUGCAGCUUUACAGUUCUCUUUGCUCUCGAAUGCUUGGCCAACGGUCCGGUAGUGAGGAGGCCGGCCCGACCCAGCACAGCUUGUCCUCUGCUGCCUUCUUCUUCCACUAUCCUGCGCUCCAGCCCUUCCUCCUGGGCGAACUAAGAGAGGCAGCACAGAACCUCCAGGGUCCAGCCGGCGGGGCCCAACUACACCUCCAACCCUCGCUUUAUCCCAUCCUGACCCUGCUGGCCCAACUCCAGCCUGGAGCCCAAGACCCAUCAGAAACUUUGUCGGACUUCCUGCCUCCUUUACUCCAGCUGUCUGCGAGUCCCAUUUACAGUGUGAGAGUGAAAGCCUCUAAAGCUCUGGUGGCCAUGACGGCCUCCUCUCAGUACGCUGACAUCCUCAUCAAACUGACCUCUCAGCUGCCCAGUCCUCAGGAGUCCUGCAGCCACAACCAGCUCCACGGACAGCUGCUGCAGAUCAGARCCGUUCUGGACCGAGCUCUCCGCACAGCCAGCGAGCUCUCCGGUGAUCUCCAUGAGGUGUUGAGUCGGGUUCAGACCUCUCUGUGGUUGGGAACUGCAGCUCAGCGCUGCCCCCUGGUGAGAGCGGCGUACCUCGGGGUGGUCGACUCUUUAAGAAAACAUUGCUGUGAGAACUUCCUGUCACAGCUCAGCGACACGCUCACCCGUGACCUUAACUCACCUCCACAGGGUCUUCAGCUUGGGUUAUCCUCCUUCCAUCGAGAAGUCAUCCAUUUUUCAUGUGCAGAUCCAAAGUGGGCUUUAAAAAUGUGGGAAAACUUGCCAACAUUUAGCCUGGACGUGAGACUGUCACUGGUUGGCUCGUUGCUGGAGCGGAGAGCUUUGCAGCAGACGGGCUUGAAGGACGUCAUUCGAAAGGUGUUGCAGUCAAACUUGAAGGAGGCCUUGUUGAGUGACAGCGUGGAGUAUCGCACUGCCUUCCUCGCAGCUCUGGUUGUCGUCAUGACCGCUUUACCUUUUCCACAUUCGAACCCCCCAGUGGAGAGUUUUCUGGCCGAGUGUCUGGAUUUGUUACUCACAGACUUGGAGGAGCAGAAAGGUGGACCCGAGUUUCUGUCCCACGCUCUGAAUGUUGCCAGUUUGCUGCUCUCCCAGUGGCCAGAUGCCAGUUUAAAGAUCCCGCAGYUCCAGCGCUGGUGUGGGAUCCUGGAGCGUGAUCGAGCUCCAGACGCCCCUGAAGCGCUCAGGCUGGCGUGUGGUGAAGCUCUUUGUGUGGCUGGAGCUCCUCUUCUCAGCAGCCUGAGAGAACACCCCGCUCUCCCUGCCAUCAUGAUGAGGUUGAUGAACACGGGCCUCCACCUGCUCCAGGACCAAAGCCAGCAGGUGAAGCUGAAAGCAGCCCGUUUUACCUCUCUGCUCCGUCGCGCGACGACAGGAGACAACCAGAGGAGCGUCUGCGUCGUGCAGGCGAACCUGGCGCUGCCGCUCCUCCUGGACCUGCUGCUGGAGGCGUGCGGGGAGACCGCCGGCGCACUGGAGGUGCUGCUGUCCCACCUGCCUCAGUCUGACCUCAGAUCGGUGCUGAGAGACGCCUCGGCAGCAGGAGGGUGCACCAGCCUGUAUGAGCAGGACGAGGCCAACGUGUUUGCAGAGCCCUCCGUCAUGUCGGCGCACGUGCUGCCCUACCUGCUGCAGAUGGCUGAGAAAUCCUCUCAGUCCUUGGCUUUGGCUCCGAUUCUGAAUUCAUGGGCAGARGAGAACGCUGCGCAGGUGCUGGACAGCCUCGCAGUCUGUGAACAGCUGCAGCCAGCUAAGACGUUGACCUCCUCUUGGCUGGCUCUCCUCACUGACCCCCGCUUCCACAGCAGCCUGUGUGGCCUGCUAACCAGGGCCGCCUUCCUCCUCCGUCUCCUGAAAGCCCCCGCCGGGGCACGACACCUCUGCGACCCUUCGUCGGUGCGCGAGCGUUUUCAGUCCGUUUGUGCACUGCUCAGUCAGAACGGCGUUCAGUUCCCCUCUGCUUUCUCAGCUGCCGUGGCUGGAGAGCUGCCACUGUGACUGAACAGGAGACGUGUUUUCGAAGCAUGAACUCUCUUUCGAUGUGGCCCAGCUGAUAUUUUAAGAGCGAUACAGACAUGCUGUUCUCAAAUAAGGACUGCAGUUGCUGAUGCCGCAGUAAAUCAGCACUUGGACGUAGUUAUGUAAGACCUAAGUGGCUGCUGUUCCUUAAAGGGAUCCCUGAUUAGUUGUAACAUUAGACUUUAUUUGAUAAACAUAUAUUUUAACUGUAAAAUAAAGA